AUGCUUCGCUGCUUCGCAACCAUUUAUGUAUCUCCUAAAGAGGUGGAGAUUUACCUCAGCUCUCACUUAGAGAACAUCCUGCUCACAACCUUCUACGCUGUCAUCUUCGUCCUCUCAGUCCCGAGUAAUGCCCUGGCACUUUGGGUGUUCUCCCACCGCAACAUCAACAACACCCCUUCCAAAGAGUUUCUGAAGCACCUGGCUAUAGCGGACAUGUCCUAUGUCUUGGUGCUCCCGAUGCGAGUGAUUUACCACAUGUCAGAGAGCCACUGGCCUCUUGGUGAAGGGGCCUGUCGUGUGGUUGGUUUCCUGUUCUUCGUCAACCUCUACUGCAGCAUGUACUUUAUGACUUGUAUCAGCGUAGACCGUCUGUUGGCUUGCACUGUGCCACACAAAACUCACAGCCUGAGAAAGACCAGGAAUGCCAAAGUGGUAUGUGCGGUGCUGUGGGUCAUGGUGACUAUUUCCAUGUUACCUGUCCUGUUCUCUAAAAGGGAAGUGACUAGACAAGUGCAGAAUAAUGUGACAGUGUGUGAAAAGCUGUACAUAGAGCAGUCCUCCAAUCCCACCGGCGCGUUGGUGUCAACUGCCAUUGCAUUUUUGAUACCUCUGGUCACCCUGAGCAUUUCUUACAUUCUUAUAUUUGCCAAAGUGAAAAAGAUGACUUUUAAAGAAAGGACACCUGCUCAGCGUAAGGGAAUGAGAAUGAUCGUUCUAACUGUGGUUAACUUCCUAAUUGCAUUUGUGCCCUAUCAUAUUCAACGCUUCGUGUUUAUCCGACAGCACGACGACAUGUCAAAGUCAGAAUCUGAAAGGCAAAUGUUGCAUUUAGGAAAUCGCAUCACUUCAGCUUUAACAUGCGUAAGUGGAGUGUUGGAUCCUGUCAUGUACUUCUUUCUGGCUAGAAACUAUCGAGAGACCCUUCUGCAGCUUUGUGGUAGAAACCCCAAAGAUGAACAAUCCACCACAUGAUCUUCUCAACUGCUUCUCACCAACCGCCAGACCUACUAAAACUCAGUAUGUGUAAAACAAAGUUUAGUGUGAAAGUGGGAGAGAUACGGUUCAGUUCAAGCGGAUUCAUACAGAAACGUUUUGAACCAUGACACGUACGUUUAUUUUACUUUUUGAUUCUGUCAACCGUUAUCAUUUCUCAAAUAAUUUAUUGUAUAUCAUUUUGUCCUAUAUAUCUAAAUGCUUUCAGUUGUUUCAAAUAAAAUAUUCUUUCAAAAUC